AUGGGAUAUGCAUGUUAUCAUCUAAUCCUAACUGUGUCAAAUUCUUUUAUGCAGAUCAUCUUUUUCUUGAUUGUUGUCGAUCGCAUACUUUAUCUCUGUUCAUUUGCAACUGCAAAAGUUAUUUUCUACCUUUUCAACUUCGUUCUCUUCACGUAUUCAACUACGGAGUAUGCUUGGCAGAUGAAACCUUCAGAUCAGCAUGCUGGACUGCUAGCACUGCGUGCAAUAUUUCUUGCUAAAGCAAUUUCUCUAGCCCUUCAGGCUGUACAAAUCCGACAUGGAAUUCCUCAUAAAAGCACCUUGUUUCAACAGUUUUUGACGAGCGAGGUUUCGCGAAUUAAUUACUUGAGCUAUAGGCUUUAUUGGGCUCUACCAUUCCUUUAUGAAUUACGAUGUGUACUUGACUGGUCAUGCACAACAACAUCUUUGACCAUGUAUGACUGGCUCAAACUGGAAGACAUAAAUGGAAGCCUGUUUCCUUCGUAA